AUUUUGUAAGAGGAAUGCAAAACAAUUUUUUUAAACAACCUAUACAGUUUCGUUAAUGAUGGACUUAAACACCAACGCAACUACUUUAGCGUUAGUAGAAAAACUUGCAGAAGUAGAAUAUCUCGGUGAGAGUAUACUCACAAAAAAGCAAAUGCUUAUAGAUUACGACAGGCGACGUCAUAGCAAUAGAGAGAUGCUCGGCGUGAUCAGAAGAAAUGAAGUUAAAGAAGAAAAGGUUUGGCUUUGCACGGCUGAUUGCUUUAUAAAAGCUCCCAUUCCGGUUGUUAAAGAUUUAAUUCUAAAAGAACAAGAAUUUAUAAGUAAAGAGAUUGAAGAAGCUAGAAAAGAGAUGAAAACAUUAAAUGCGAAAAUUAACAGCUUAGAGGGAGAGCGCGACAUUUUCGAAGGGUUCAACCUUACUCCUCUUUCCUCUGCGGAGUUUAUAUAACGAAGAGAAAAUA